CAGUCCUCCAGAGGCUUAUGGCUCUGCCUCUGCUCUCCCCUUGUGAGCUCAGGUGCACCUGACAGACUGAUCUCCAAUGGGAUCUUGAACUUGCCCAAAAUCAAAAGUCUGGGGGAUUCCUACUGAGAGACCAGUUCCAUGACCUCAGCCGGGUGCAGCAGAGCAGCUUAAGAACAUAUUUGUCCUAAAAUGAAAGGAGGAGGAGGAAUAACGUUGAUUCUAUUUGUGGCUUCAUUGGCAUAAAAAAACAAAAACCCAAAGAUGGAUGAACUAGACUUAAGUGGUCCUGAAAGAAGAAGAGGCCAUGAUGGUUUCAUUGCUGAGACCAGUGGGGAAUUCUGGGAAAGGACAAUCCAAAAGAGGUUCCCGGGUGAAGACCUUGCCAGCUCAGACAUACAACGGUGGUGCUUCAGGAAGUUCUCUUAUGAGGAAGGUGAGGGUCCCAGAGAGAUUUGCAGCCGACUCCACCAUCUCUGCCAUCAGUGGCUGGAGCCAGAGCGCCGCACCAAAACUGAGAUCCUGGACCUGGUGAUCUUGGAGCAGUUCUUGACCAUCCUGCCCCCGGAGAUGGAGAAGUGGGUCAGGGAAUGUGGGGCAGAGACCUGUUCCCAGGCAGUGGCUCUGGCAGAGGGUUUCCUCUUGAGUCAAGCAGAGGCAGAGAAGGAGCCGGAAGAACAGCAGCAAAGAGCAGUUCCUCAUGGUGCUAAGAUCAGCAGUUUCUUGGAAGAAGUUCCCCCUGAAUUACCAGUGGGAGAGAAGGCUCCAUUGGACACAAAGCAGAGUCCCCAAUGGAGGGAGAUCAAGCAAGAGUGGAGUAAACAGGUCCCUUUACAAGAGGCUGGUAUGAUGCCACCAGCAAGGACUCAGUCGUCUCUUCCCAUUCUUUGCAAUGGACCAGAACUAGAUCAGGGUCUGGUGACUUUUGAGGAGGUGGCUGUGUCUUUCUCCCCAGAGGAGUGGUCCCUGCUGGAUCCUGACCAGAGAGCCCUGCACAGGGAGUUGACAGUGGAGAUCCACGGCUUCAUGGCCUCUCUUGCAGAAAACUGGAGGAAAGCAUAUGUGAGUCCUAAGUAUAGGAAGUGUUUGUGGCAAAACCUGGAACUUACCAGCCACCAAAAAGCACAACAUUCAGAAGAGGAAAGUUGUAUCAAGCCCUUCAUAUGCCAAUCAUCUGGGAAAUGUGUUCCCCAAAAUAUGGCACUGAUGCCUCAUAACAUGCUCCGUGCUGGGGGAAAACUCUUUACAUGUGACGUUUCUGUGAAAGCUUUUGAUAACAAAUUACACAAUGUGAAUAACCAAGAAGCCCACACAGUGGAGAAAUCACACAAAUGCCAGGAGUGUGGGGAAUGCUUUGCUUACCAUUCAUUACUUAUAGCACAUUUGAAAGUGCACACUGACCUCAUGAGCCACUGGAAACCCUAUAAAUGCCAGGAGUGUGGCAAAUGUUUUGCUCGAAAGACUUGCCUUGUGAUUCAUUACAGAGUGCACACAGGUGAAAAACCCUACAGAUGUCAGGAGUGUGGCAAAUGUUUUGCUCAAAAGGUGCAUCUAGUGAGGCACCUGAGAGUUCACACCAAAGAAAAACCAUACAAAUUCCAAGAAUAUAGGAAAUGUUUUGAUCAAAAUUCACAACCUCUUGAUCAACAGGGAAUCCACACGGGAGAGAAACCAGACCAAUGCCAGGAGCAGGGGGAAUAUUUUGUUCAAAAAGGAGACCUGGUGAACCACCAGAAAAUCCACACAGGAGAGAAACUAUACAAAUGUCAGGAAUGUGAGAAGUGCUUUUAUGACAAUUCACAACUUGUGCUGCAUCAGAACAGCCACACAAGAAACAAACCAUACAAAUGCGAGAUAUGUGAAAAAUGUUUUAUUCAACAGGAAGACUUUAUGGCUCACCAGAGAAUACACAAAGAAGAAGAACCAUACAAAUGUCAGGAGUGUGGGAAAUGUUUUGGUUGCAAGUUGUAUCUUGUGACACAUCAGAGUGUUCACACAGGAGAGAAACCAUUCAAAUGCCAGGUAUGUGGGAAAUGUUUUAUUGAGAAUUCAUGCCUUCUCAGGCACCAGAGAAUUCACACAGGAGAGAAACCAUAUAAAUGCCAGGUAUGUGGGAAAUGUUUCAGUGAGAAUUCAUGCCUUCUCAGGCACCAGAGAAUCCACACAGGAGAGAGACCUUAUAAAUGCCAAGUAUGUGGUAAAGGUUUUAUUGAGAAUUCAGGCCUUCGCAGGCACCAGAGAGUCCACACAGGAGAGAAACCAUACAAAUGCCAAGACUGUGGGAAAUGUUUUUCCACAAGCUCCAUGCUUGUGGCCCACCAGAGAGUCCACACAGGACAGAAACCAUACAAAUGCCAAGAGUGUGGGAAAUGUUUUACUCGCAAUGGGGAUCGAGUGAGUCACCAGAGAGUCCACACAGGAGAUACCCCAUACAAAUGCCAGGAGUGUGGGAAAUGUUUUGGUCGGAAUGGACUUCUAUUGAGCCACCAAAGAGUCCACACAGGUGAGAAACCAUACAAAUGUCAAGAGUGUGAAAAAUGUUUUGCUCACAGAUCAGUUCUUGUGGAACACCAACGAACCCAUACAGGAGAGAAGCCAUUCAAAUGCCAGGAGUGUGGGAAAUGUUUUGCUCGAAAGGCAUGCCUCGUAAUUCAUCAGAGAGUCCAGACAGGCCAGAAGCCCUACAAAUGUCAAGAGUGUGGAAAAUUCUUUGCUCAGAAAUCAGACCUUGUGAGGCACCAACGAAUCCAUACAGGAGAGAAACUGUACAAAUGCCAGGAGUGUGUAAAAUGUUUUCGUACCAAGUCAGAACUUGUGAAACACCGGAGAAAGCACACAUGAGACAAGCCAUACAGAUGUCAGGAGUAUGGCAAUUUUUUUGCUAUGACUCCAAAUCUAAUGAUAGAUUAGGGAAUCCACUUAAGAGAGUAAACAUUUGAAUGUUAGGAACAUGGCAUUUCAUUGCUAGCUAUUUCACUGGCAAAUAGCUGUCGCCAUCAAGUUCUUCCCAAUGUUUUGCUGGAUUCUCCAGUCUUCUAAUUUGUAUCUAUGGAUGCAGGUCCCAUAUUCUGGAGCAGCAACAAACAAGAUCACUCUAUCUUCUGCAUGACAGUCCUUCAAGGAUGGUUAUAUCACCUCUGUCUUUUCUUCUGUAUUCUAAACAUAGCCAGUUCCUUCUAUUGUUCCCCACAGGGCUUGUUUUCCAGACCUUUGACCAUGUUGGUAGCCUUCUAGAUAUAUUCCAGUUUGUCAAAACCAUUCUUAACUCUAAUGCUCAGAAAUGAAUACAGUACUCCAGGAAAGUUGUGACCAAAGCAGAACAGAGUGGUAUCACUACAUCCCUUCAUGAAGGUACUAUGCUUCUCUAGUUUCUUUUCCCUUUCUUUUCUAGCUUCUUUUCUUUUUCUUUUUAGUUGUGAUAUAUUGUUGACGCAUUUCAAAGUUGUGGUCUACUAAGUCACCAGAAUCAUUUUCACAUGUCUUUCUCUCAAGCCAGAGAGAUGCAAGACCUUGAAAGAGAAAG